ACAAAUUCGACUUCCUCCAUCCUCAGAGGCACUCCUACUCAAGACUCUCUGAUUCAAAAUCUAGAAAGAUACUCUUUCCGCCAAUACCUCGUUUGAACACUUGUCUUCUAUUUUCUUCCUCAUGGAAUCAAUCAUUUACGCACUCCUCCAACUUAUUCCCAGCUUAUUAAAAGCUGAGCAUGUCGGACUUCUCGUGAAACUGUUCGCCAUUACUUCUGCUAGCCUCUCUCUAUUCUACUUCGUCAAGUCCUACUUUAUGACAACUGUUCGAAUAUCAGAAAGCGAUAUCCUUGCCCAGAGCCUGUUGAGCUACUGCGCGAAAACCCAUCACGCAAAGCACCGGAAAUCGUUAACAGCUGCCUCUGUUUGGCCGGAGGAGGAUGACAUAAAGAUACCUCUUACACAGUUUCGAAAUUUCAAACUGGAAGAACGGAAGGCCCCUCCUAAAUACGAACCAGAUUUUGGCUCUACCUGGAAAAUGGAGUAUGGGGUGAGCGUUCAGCGUGUUUCGCGUGAGCCAGAAAAAAAAGCUGGUGGUCUGGUCCUUCACUACUUCGGCAGAUCUCUGACGCCAAUAGAGAAUCUUCUGAAACUGGCCGCGAAAGAAGAUUUUGAACGUCAUCGCAACGACAACUUAGUUGUUUACCCAGAAUCCGAGGACAUGAUACGCCAAUGUUCUCCCGACGACGCAUGGGCCGUACCAAUCUAUCGUCGUGGAAGAUCUAUGGACACAGUCUGUAUGCGCCAGGGGCUAAAGGACCAAAUUCUGGGUGAUAUACAGAGCUUCACCAGCUACAAGAUGCAGGAACGUUAUUUUGCGUCAGGCAUUCCCUACCGCAGAGGCUACCUCUUUUACGGCUCUCGGGGAACUGGCAAGACGUCUCUCUACAAGGCUUUGGCAUUGAGAACUGGGCUGAGACUUUAUCUGGUGAAUGUAGCGGAGCUUGAGCUAACAGACAACUCUCUUCAGAAGCUCUUCGCUGGAAUACCUAGACGCUGUAUUGUUAUUCUGGAAGAGGUUGAUCCCACACAACUAAGACGCAGUAAUAACGUUAGUGGAAUUGCGAAGAAGAACGGGAUUUCGCUUUCUGGUCUAAAAAGCGCCAUCGAUGGACCUUUAACUCCCGAGGGGCAUCUUCUCAUUAUAACGACCAAUUUUUGCCCAAAGGACUUCCCCCAAGAGCUCAUCCGACCAGGGCGUGUCGACUUGGCAAUCGAAUUCAAGAAAGCCAGUGUUGAUGAGGCCAUUCAGCUCUUUAAGACUGCCUACUUACAGUCGCCUGAAGACGAGUUAAAGGAACAUAUAGCAAACUUUUCUAUACAGGCAUCACUUUUGAAGGAUUCUGAGUUUAGUCAUGCUGAAUUGCAAGGUUUUUUUUUGACGGCACGCACUCCACAGAAUGCAUCCAAAACAUUUCGCGAUUGGGUGGAGCAAGAGCGCAAGAAAGGGAAGAAUAAUGAGGUAGAAGAUGGGGAGCAGGUAGAUCGAGAGCAGGUCGAGGAGGGGCAGGCGGGUGAAGAAUAGGGUGGAGGAUAAACUCCGUUUGUGACUUGUUACGUUCCUCGUUCGUACUCGAACUUAUCAAAGGCUCUCUCCGUUUUGAUAGCAUAGGCCAUCGUUUUCGC